AUGGCUCUCGCUCCAACCAACAUCGAUCCCAACCAUCUGGUUUUGUACGCAUAUACGCCAAGUGCUGCCGCCGCUGGCACAUUCAUGGUGAUCUUCGGUGUCGCAACUGUCACUCACAUAUUCUAUCUUCCAAAGUUACGCCAAUGUUUCUUCAUUCCGAUGAUCCUUGGUGGUGUCAUGGAGACUGGAGGCUUAUACGGUCGUUUCUGGGGGCACAGCAGCAAGAACGACUUUAGAGCGUAUGUGUUGCAAGCGCUACUUCUCACUCCUGCCCCAAUUUUUCUUGCGGCAACCAUGUAUAUGACACUCGGCAGAGUCAUCGUUGCUCUGGAUGCCGACAGGGACCAUACUCUCAUCCGCCCGCGCUGGCUGUCGAAGAUUUUCGUGCUGUUCGAUAUCGUCUGCUUUCUCGUCCAGAUGGGCGGUAUCGGCAUGCAAUGCACUACUUCGUCAUCGGUACAGAAGACUGGCCGCACGGUAACCAUCAGCGGAUUGGUUCUCCAACUUUUCAUCUUUGCCUACUUCAUCAUUGUGGCUCUUGUCUUUCACAGACGUAUCAACGCGCGUCCUACCUCCAUCUCAGUUCACCACAGUAUCCACUGGGUUAGGCAUCUGCGUAUUCUGUAUGCGACAAGUGUUCUGGUACUUGUCAGAAACAUCUUCCGGGUUGCAGAGUACGUCGAGGGUUCAGAUGGUCCGAUUGGACACUCAGAGGUGUAUCUUUACAUCUUCGAUUCGGCGUUAAUGGCAGGCCUUAUGUGGGCAUUCGUCAUUGUCCACCCUGGCAGACUUCUUAGGGCCAUUAAGAAGCUGAAGAAUCGUUGUUCUCUAGAGAAGGUCGAGGAAGAAAACCUUGUGGCCGAAAUCGACAACCAGCAACUGAGCGCUUGA